AUGGUCAGCGCCACAGGUACCCAGAACCUGUUGGAGGCCUAUGUCCAGGCUUGUGUGCCAGCCUUCAUCUACACCAGCACAACUGAAGUUGUGGGGCCCAACUCCUACAAGGACAUCGUCCUAAAUGGCAAUGAGGAAGAGCAACAUGAAACAAAAAAGUCUCAUUCAUACCCAUACAGCAAAAAGAUGGCUGAGGUGCCAGUGCUGGCAGCCAAUGGGUCCACCCUGAAAAAUGGUGACACUUUCCACACUUGUGCCUUAAGGCCUAUAUACAUCUAGGGGGAGAAAAGUCCAUUCAUUUCUAACACAAUGAUCAGGGCCCUCAAAAAUAAUGGUAUUUUGGAUAUUACUGGAAAAUUUUCCACAGCUAACCCAGUGUAUGUGAGUAAUGUGGCCUGGGCACACAUUCUGGCUGCCAGGGGCCUACAAGACCCCAAGAAGUCACCAAUCAUCCAAGGGCAGUUCUACUACAUCUCAGAUGACACCCCUCACCAAAGCUAUGAUGAUUUAAAUUAUGCCUUGAGCAAGAAAUGGGGCCUCCACCUUGAUUCUAGUUGGAGGCCUCCUUUGCCCCUGCUAUUCUGGCUCUGUUUUGUCUUGCCGACUGUGUCCUUUGUCUUACAGAAGCUUCUCAGU